GAGGUGCUCGGGAGCAAGCAGUAUUUUCGGUGCGUGCACUUCGAAGAACCAAAAGAACCCAAAUCGUUUGAAACCGAGUUUUUUGCGCGAAAUUUGCAUUUGAAAUUUUUUGAUCGAAAUUAACCAUAGCUAAGCGAAUCGUCAGACACAACAUACACAUAGCUCAUUGCUCUACAAAAAAAGAAAUUAAAUUAUUAUCAGCGAUAACGGACGGUAAAGAAUAUUCGCAUUUCUAAGUUUAAGUGAGUGGAAAAUGUCCAACCGAGCCUUAAUAGGCAAGUGCUCGCCGAUGAAAUUCUCGCAAAAGUUUGCCAAUUCAGCAGAAAACUGCAGCAACGACGACCACAGUGGUAGCAAUACCAGCAGCAGUGCUAUCACCGGAGGUGGCCAUUCGAAUGCCGCCAGUCACAGCAGCAGCAGCAGCAGCAACGGCAGCAGCAGCCAUUCCCUAUGAAUCCAGAUCGUAGUGGGGAAAAGCCGCAGGACCGCAGAACUAAAUGUGAAGCUCUAAUGUAAAACUUUUCAACCACCUCGAAACAUGAAACUAAACCUUUCGGUUCAAAAUUAACAUUUUUCGGCAAAACAAAACAAAAAACGAAAACAAAAGUAGCGACACUGUUCGAAAAUCAAAAUUUAAGCAAAAAUUGUCUCUUUGGAAAUCGCAAAAAAAAGAUAUACAAAACAAAUCAAAGCAAGUAACAACAACAACAAAAAAGUUUAUUGGAAGCAAAAUUUUCUCUCGGAGUUUGAAAGUUUUGAACAGAGCUCCUGCUUUACGCGCAAACACCAUCCAUCCAUCCAUCGAACCAAACCAAACUCGGUGCUUCAAGUACCUAUUGCACAGGUUUGAGCAGUAAAAAGCUAGAGAGCGAGUCUGGAAAUUCUGGAGUACGAGUGAAGCCGAUCGAAAUUUUUGCAAGAUCCUGCCCGAGCUCCAUCAUCGCUGAAAAGAUUUCGAUAGCUCAUCACGAGUGACGGGCCAUCAAGCGCAGCAACAGCAGCAACAACAUCUUAACACCAUUGUUCCCGCUUCAAAAACCGUCAAGCUGAAUUCUCCAAAGUCAAUCGUCAAAAUGGAUCAGCAGCAGUAUUGUCUCAAAUGGAGCAACUACUCGUCGAACCUGGCGGCGGCUUUUUCCAACCUGUUCGAUUCGGCAACCCUGACAGAUGUCACGUUGGUCUGUGGAGGAACCGUCUUCAACGCUCACAAGGUAAUCCUGGCGGCAUGUUCGAAGAACUUUGCCGACCUGUUCGAGCGGGCCCCAGUCGGCACCGGACAGAUCUGUGUGAUGCUCGAGGCAACCUCGGCGGACAACAUGCACGCUCUGCUGGAGUUUAUGUACAAAGGUGAAGUGCACGUGUCACAGAAAGCGCUGGAGAGCUUCCUAAAAGCCGCCGAGAAUUUGCAGGUCAAAGGUCUCACGACAGAGCACGGUCGGUUCGCGAGUGCCAAUGCUACCCAGUCGCAGCAGCCUGCGUUCCAUGAGUCCAACAACCUGCCCUCGCCAGCCGCUCGCCGACAGCAGCGGAAUUCACUGUCCGCCUCGUUGGAGUCGAUCAACCGGAUCGGCGGUAAGAACGAGUCCCUAGCGGGAAGCGGCGGGGGAGGUGGCGGUGCAGGAGGCGGAAGCGGAGGUACCACAACGCCCAACUUCUCGUCCUACCUGCCACCGACCUACAUGCCACAGCCGUACGAAACCACGAACCGGAAGCGUUCGAUUCGUAGUCCCUUCUAUGAGGAAACCACCCGGGGUAGUGUGCUGCGGGACGGUAAGGCCACCGGCGUCGGCAAUGACAGCCCGGUGAGUGGCAGUAAAAACUAUCGGCCCUCGAGCAGCGGUUCGUCGGCAGCACCGACGGAAGCGGACACGGUACACACGGAUCGGGAUUCACCGCACCAGUCAAAUCGCUACGAAAAUCACAGUCCCAGCACGACCCACCACGGCAACGGAAACGGACCAGUCUCAUCGAACACGUUAGAACGGGACGAUCGGAGUGAUCGGGCGCCUUCCGAGGACAAAAUCAAAAUCGAAUGCAAGGAAGGAAACGACACCGGUGCCGAGGAUCUGCGAAUGAAAUCGAAUGAAAUGCGACCGAUCCAGUCACCGCUGACGUCAUCCGCCCCGCCAACGCCGACGACACCCGUCACCUUCUUGAAAGGCGGCCUGCCCGGAGGACUGGACGGACUGACCCCCACCGUCGAUAUGAUAAGUAUGUUGAACGUCCAGCGGGAAAGUGUAACCACUGCGGACGGUUCUCUCGCUCCAGGCAAAAAGCUACAGUGUCCCCUCUGUGAUCGCCAGUACGGCUACGAAACGAACCUACGCGCCCACAUCCGCCAGCGACAUCAGGGUAUCCGUGUGCCAUGUCCCUACUGCAGUCGAACGUUCACCCGCAACAACACUGUCCGGCGACAUAUAGCCCGGGAGCACAAAACGCAGACGACGUUCAUGCCGAACCAGCUGCACAGUUAAGAUGGUUGCUGCUGAAGACAACGCUGAAAGAAAGAAACAAACGAACGACAAAACUGCCAGCAGACCAUCCGCAAUCAGAUCAUCAGAACAAUGAAGUAGAAAGCAAAACUCGCGAGCAUUGAAGCUACCAGUUCAUGGUGGCAACAAGUGAUAGGGAAAACUAAGAGCUGAAAUCCGAAAUUUAUUUCGCAAACAAACUCUGAAAUAAAUAGCAUAAUAAUUAGAGGCAAUGAGAGAACGAGAGAGAGAGAGAGAGAGUAGGAACAUGAAAUUGGCACUGCUGAAGACAAAACAGCUUAGAUGAUGGCCGGAGCGAACAAGUUCCGGCAUAUUUUGAGAUGUAUUUCGCGCUAUUCUCACUAGUGAUAUGAAAUGGUUUGAGGAAGGUGUAAUGCCGCUCUAAAAGCCAUACCAACCAAUGUUACCGGAUGCAAACCGAAUGCAAUAUUUAAGUUUUUUUUUCCCAUGCAAGCUUUUCUCCCCUGAGAUGUUUAAUCCUUUUUCAUUUUAUUUUUUUCAUUAAAGUUCCUUUGUUGUUACACAUUUGAACUGAAUUUCUUAUUUUCUGCCUAAAUCAACUCUCUGUUGCAGGGAGAGUUGGAGACUUUCUUCCACCUGUUGAUGGAGGAAAGAAAGAUAAACAUAAUCACCGCAAGUGUCAUUAUUUAAUAAUUUAAAGAAAAGUAAUAAACAUAGUUGAAGGUAUGAACAAAAGAACACGAACGUAACUGAUACAUACAGAGGCAAGUUUCAGUUUUCGCGCGCGCAAUUAAGCCACACAUAUAAGGAAAAAAAAAAUGGUCAUCUAUAUCAACGGAAGAUGCUAAUUUUCUCACACAACAGAACUAUUGAAGUAACUAAAAGUAAUAGACGAGAAAUAAAUAAUGAAUAUACACAGUACCUGCUGAGAAUAAGGAAAAAUAGAUUAAUGAAAAAUAUUUAAAUAUAAAUAUAUGGAUAAAUAUUUAAAUAUAUUGUAACGUAAGCGCGGUUGCAAGUUGAAACGGAACUAAUUGAUAAAAGAAAACACAAACACAACAAAAGACAUUUCAAUUACUAAGCAAAGCAGUGAAGGGUAAAUGUUUAAAUUGUACAAAAAAAAAAGAAAGAUACCAACCAAUCAACAAGCAUAGCAGAACAGAAACAGAUACAGAAAGAGACGUUAAGGAACUUAUUGAUUUUCAACAGAGUUAGUUUUGUUUUGUUUUACUGCAACUUUAAAGCAUUAGGAGAAUCUUAACUUUAACUGCGCAAAAUAGUAUGAAACUGGGUGCCUACUAAAAAGAGAAACUACUACUACUUUAUCCUACUACUGCAUCUACUACGACGACAGCCGCAAUAAUACCCAAUUCUAUUACCGAGUAAUAGACAAACCCCAAAAUAGGCAAAUCAAUAGAACUAGUUACUUGUUGAAUCCGAUUGAUCUCAUUUUUAAGCAAAUCUUUAACGUUACAAUAUAUAAAGACCAAUUACUCAAUCAAUAGCCAUGGUGCAUCCCUAUUAAUACUUAGGACCGUUAUCAGCAGCACAUGGCAGCAUUGCUUCGAUGCUGCCAGUUGCCUGUUUUGUUUUACACCGUUUUAGUGAUCCACUACUACAGUUAGUUCUCGGAUAGUGUUCGUUCCGUUCCCGUGAUUACAACCCCCGAUUUUUUGGCGAAAAAUACAUCUCAAAAUUUUCAGGAUAAACUGUUUACAAUACAAAACGAAACGCAGCCAUUUUUCUGUUGGUAAGAUAUAAAAAAAAAACAAACAAA